CACACAGCCUUACCGAACAACAAUUGCUCCUUUGAGCAAGCUUCCUCUGCAGUUCACUGUUUAUGUGGACUAUCACAAUGCCCCUUCAUGUCUUGAUGGGGAUUACUUUCCCGUUUUCUCGUCACCAACUCCGCGUAAUGGAGUGAAUCUUCCUGCGUAUGUCAACCGCACCCUCGAAAUCAAAGUCAAAUCCGAAGCACAAUACACCACGAUUUAUGACUUGAUUGUCACUGGACCAAAGGGCAUUUCAAAGCAGAAAAUCUCCACAGAAGAAUUUAUCAUAAAUUGGACACCAACUGAAAAUGAAUUGAAUGAUCAUUUUCCUAUUUGCUUCGUUUCAGAAGCAAGAGACACGUAUUACCAAGUCUUUCAAUCAGAGCCACGCUGUGUGAUCGUGGAUGUUGGAUCCGAUGAAACCACUGUGACAUGCAAUGAAACAACGAUAACGGUGGAAGUGGAGAAGUCCUCCCUCAUCAGACACAACGAGGGCAAAUUGCAUCUGAACGACUUCAGCGAUGCUUCCUGCAACCUGACAACACGCUCCAACACAACCCACCUGGUGGCUGUCAUGUCGCUGAACACAUGUGGAACCACCGUAGAGGAGGAUGAAAACAACAUCAUCUUCAAAAACAUGAUCACAUCCGGUGACCCAACUGAAAUCAUUUCCAGACAAAAUGACGUUGAGAUCGUCUUUUCCUGCGCCUAUCCAAAGCGAUCCAACCUGACACUGGGAUUCACGCACAAGAACCCGUACGUCUUCACAGAGAAGGGCUUCGGGGCUUUCACCUUCCAGUUUGAAUUCUUCCAGAGCCAGCGGUUCAGAAAACAAAUUGAAAGCAGCACUUACCCAGUGGAGGUGUACCUCAAACAGAUGAUCUUCAUGCAGAUCGAGGCGACCACUUCCAUCCCCAACACAGAGCUGUUUGUGGAGUCCUGCAAGGCGACUCCAUAUGACAACCCAAACUCUCGCAUCAGCUACACCAUCAUCGAAAAUGGAUGUGUAAGAGACAACACGGUGGAAAUCUACAACAGCUCCAAAUCUCAAUUCAGAUUUGGAAUGGAGGCUUUUGAGUUCAUCGGUGCUCAUGAACAGGUGUACAUCACUUGCUCGGUCAUCCUGUGUGAGACUGCCGUUCUCGGGAGCAGGUGUUCUCAGGGAUGCAUCAACUCCAACUCAGGGAACCUUCGGGUCAAAAGAGAAGCUGUGGCCCAGUCUUCCCGCCACACCAUUUCCCAGGGACCUUUGCACCUGGCUAAAACUUCUGACAGCCAAGCAUCUGGCCCGAGCCUGAAUAUGGGCCUGAACAUCAUCUUCAUUGUUGGCUGCCUCCUGGCAUGCGGAGUGGUGAUCUACAGAUCGAGGAGGUCCAAAGCUAAAUACCAACCGCUGCCAACCUUUGAGACAGACUGAAGACAGAGACGCCGUUUAGCUCCAGUCUGAUUAUGAGAAAGAUUCUCAGCUACAGUGUAAUGUUUUUUUACUGCUAUAGUCAAUGUUUUUUUGUAUCUUUUUUAGGGUAGUUUAGUGGUUUGAAACAUUAUAUAAGAUGUGCGUUUACAUGCAAGAAAGCAUUUAAUCAGAAUAUAUCUUUUUUAUUUACUUGUGGAAAGUGUUUCCGCCUGCUCUGAAGCGUCUAAUCUGCCACAUCCUCUAUUUAACAAAAGAAGAUGAACUAACCCCAACUUUAUUGAGAUGAUUCGAUGACUUUCGACCAUAACAUUUUUUUUGGA